AUGACUGAAUGCCAUCAACACUUUACCAAGUUGCAACGUCUUAUGAUUAAAGACUGGCUUGGUCAAUUAGUGCCCGAUAAGAAGAGCAAAUCUGAUUCGGAUGAUUUACAUUUAUUACUCAAGGAUGGAGUUGUUCUUGUCAAAUUAAUUUGUAAUAUUGCAAACAUUAAUCCAAGAGACCAUUUGGCUUCCAUUUCAUUGGAACCACAGGGAAAUUCAACUCUCAUUGAAAAUAAUAUUCAAUUCUUCCUAGAUAAAUGUAGAGAAUUGUUUAAUAUUGACCCCGAGUGGAAUGUCUCGACACUUGUAAAUAACUUAGAUAUUCAUGCUAUUUGUGACACGUUUUACAAAAUUUCAGAAUUAUUGGAAAGACACUCCUAUGAAGGACCACUUCUUUCAACUCAUAAGAGAAUGAAGUCAUCCUCUUCUUCAUCUGGUAAUAGGGAUAAUAGACUUUUCAAAACCAGCUCAAUUAUUGAAGAAUUAAAGCAAGUGAGUGUUGGAUUUGUUCUCUCACGACUCACUACAGAACUCAAUAAGAAUGACCCAGAAUAUAUUUCUACACUUGCGUCGAUAUUUAAAUUUAAAGAUUUGACUUGGUGCCAAGAUUUUUCAAACAUGGGAGGCGUCACACUUAUUGGUAAAAUCAUUGCAAAACUGAAUUAUGUUUACAGAACACAAAAACACAAAUUCAUACAGGGAAAUUACAUUUACUGUUUACUGAUAUUGUUGGAGAAGGAAGUCUUUGCUCCAUUCACAAAUGCUGACUCUGUUGCCUUUAUUUCCUCACUCACAAAGCUGAUAGAUAAGAAGGAAAGUUUAGUAACCCGAAAGUACAUUCUAGAUAUUCUAUUCCUCAUUUGUAAUCAUUCUGAGGAGGGUUUUUGGAUUGUUUUAACUGGAUUUUUUGAAACAUUUAAAACGAAACAUACAAAAACUUUGAAACAUCCAUUCGAUGAAAUGUUAGAUUCAAUGGCCUGGCAAAGAGAUGAUCUCUAUAGAGCAAAAGUCUUUUCUCUCAUCAGUUCAAUGGUUUCAUGUCCACAGGAUGGAUUCGUAAGAGGAAGAAUGUUAUCCACAUUCAAAAAUCUUGGAAUUGAAAAUAUAAUUACUUCAAUAGAGAAUAGUCACAAUGUAACCAAUCCAGUGGAUAGUUUUUUGAGAGAAAAGAUGAAAGAGUUUGAGGAGGUGUCAAAGAAAAAUUCACAACAACCUACAACAAUCAAUAGUUCUGACUCGGUUCAAAGUUUAAAAUGUCUCUUCCUUGACUUGGGAAUUGAUAAUCCUUCUGGAAUUUUCUUCUUACUGGAAUCAAUCAAAAGAAAACAGAAUAGUCAACCAAUUACAUCUGAAAGCUCAAUGACUAUUAGUGAAGAAAACGAAUAUAGAAUGCUUCAAAAGCUUGUGCGUUUACAAAAACGAAAGUUGGAUAAACUUGAGGACAACCUUAAAGAAAAGGAAAAAAUUUCAACAGAAAAGUUUUCACUUUCAGAAGAAGAAAUCAAAUCAAUGAAUGAUCUUGUGGAGAUAACAGAUCUCAAAUUGAAACUUUCCAACAUUUUGAAAGAUGUAACUUCAAAGGAAAAGGAAUUGAAAACCAUAAUUUUACCUUCUAAACCAGAGGAUUUGAGUAAAGUAAUCAAACAAAUCAUAACGGAAUCGAGUGAUGAAUUUUUGAUGGCUUGCAAACGGACUGUGCUUGAGCAAUGGUCUGAUAUUUUGAACAAAUUCGAUGAAAUUUUAGAAAAGAUUAUCACCAAGAGUAAUAUUCUAUCAUUCGGAGAAAAGUCAUCAAAGAAACAAAAACAAACAUCAAAGGAACAAAAACAAUGUCAAAAAACACCACACACAGAAAUGAUCUUAUCAAUUUUGGACAUGUCUUUGAUGAUUGUAAAAAACACAAAAAUCGGAUAUUCUCAGUAUAGUUCUUUGGAUAGACUUACAUAUUUACUCAACUCUGAAAAUUUGGACAUUUUGCAUUUAGUUUUACAAAUUUGCUUAUCAUGUUUCAAAAAGAAUAGUAUGAUUUCUAAAGGAGUUGUUGAGCAUCCACCUACCUUUAUUCAUAAAUUAAAUUUUAUUGCUAAGGGGUACGGAAAGGAUUCUACUCAAUUUUGCUAUGAUGAAACUAUUUCUGAUGAAACUCUCAAGUUGGGAACCUCUGUCAAGUUUAAAGUUGUGACUGAAGAUCUUGAACAUGAAUUUAGAUCUGAGGAAUUGCAAGAAGAAGAACUUGUUAUUGAGGAUGUAAAGAAAACAGCACCAGAUGCUUUAACACUUUGGAAUGAUCUAAUCAAAAAGGAAGGCUCUAUUGUCAGCAAGCUUACUAUCAACAAAAAGUUUGACUUGUGGACGCGAAUUCGUAUGGCCUAUGCAUUCUAUAACUUGGAAACUAGAAGAAAGUUCCUAGUCAGUAGAUUCAAUUCAUUCUCAGUGUUAUUGUAUGUUUCAAAGAAGGACUUAACUUCUCUUGAAAUCAUUCCAGAAGUGAGCAAAAGUAUUGAAAAAGACAAACGUGGAGAACUUAAACUUCCAAAGGAAGUUGCUAUAAGUUUGCUUGAGUUCUAUAUUUCUAUAUCUGUAUUCAAGAGUUCUAGAUUACAAACUGCUGCUCUUCAAACUUUAACACUGACCACAAAUAUUUACAGUGGUCUUCUUCAAGGUUGGCUUCAAAAGUUAAUUAAUGUUUAUGUAAACGGAGAAGUCACAGACCCUUCAGAUUACAUUACAGAUAGAUUGUAUUUAGAAACACUUUUGGACUUAUUUGUUUCUAUUUCUAGAACAGCAAAUGGUUCAAAACAUUUAAAUGACUCUGGGAUUGCUAAUGAGAUUACUACUUUACUUUAUGCAAAAGAUGAGUUGGUAGUUAUGAAAUGUAUUUCUAUUGUAGAAUUAUUCUUGGAUCCAAAGUCUGGAGUACAAACAGCACCUACAGUACUUUCUGAUUGCAUUAAAUUGUUUUCAGAUAUUAUUGAGGUAUCUCAAUCCAAAAUUACUAAGUUGGAAGAAUCCAACACUGAAAAGUCAGAUGGUUCAUCCAAUACAAUUGUAUUCAAAGUACUCAGCCCAUAUCAAUCUCCAACUCUUUCAAGUCUUUUGAGAAUUAUUUCCAGUGCCUAUUCAAGACACGAUACAACUAAUACAGAAAUACUGGAAGAAAGGCAAAUGAAUAAUAUCAACUUUGUUGUAAAGAAUUACACUUGGUUUGGUCCAGCAAAUUUUGCUUGCAUUAUUGAUUUAAUAUACACUUUGAUUGCAAAGGAUGUUGCUAACAUUUCAAUUAUUAGAAGCUUUGGAACAUUUGAUUUGAUUUUGGAUAUUGCUAAAAAUGGGGUUCCUCCUUAUGCCAAAGUUUUACACAAUAUUUUACUUUUAAUUAACUCACUUUGCCUCAAUCAAGAUUUCAGGGAAAAGCUUGCUUCAGAUGACACUUUCUACAAUUAUUUGAGGAUUUUCUUGAAUGAAAAGUAUUCGAAGGCAAUCAAGAAAGAUGUCGGUUUUUCAAUUGGUUCUGAAAUUGCUGCCUUGUCCAAAACUUAUCCUGCCUUGAAGGAAAAUAUUGUAAAUUCAGUUGUAAAAAUUAUGAAUGAACUCUUAGAAAAGCUAGAGCAAGCAAACUUGGAAGAAGGAAAGAAUGGCCAUCCUAUUUUCAUGUUGGCUUCCCAGUUUGUAUUGGCCAUUGGUAUUAUUGUACAUGAUAAUGCUACUCUCUUCGUUGAUAAGGGAUUUUUCCCAGUGUUGUUGAAGAUUACAGAUUUGUCUCUUGUGCCAUCUACUCAAAACGCCAUCGAACCAAUGAGAUAUAUUGUGGUAUUCAAGGAUUUAAUUAGAAGCCAUAGUACUUUGGUGUAUGAAGGGAUGUCCGAGAUUUUAAACUCCAAGCUGGGUGCAUUGAAUGCAGGAGAAUUGGAAUUUGAGAAAUUCAGUACUAUUAAGACUAUUUUCGCUCUUACAACUAUUAUUGAAAUUAUGAGUAAUUGCUUUGAACAAUCAGAAGAUUCAUUUGUGGAAGUAUGGAAAAAUAAGAAAGGUGAUGUUUUAACUGAUUUAGCACGUUUGGAAUCAAAAGUUAGACUCUAUAUUGCCAAAUCCAAGCCUCAAAUUUUGAAGGAUGAAAUUGCAGCCCUUAAGAGAAAGAAACCUAUUGUCUCUGAAGAAAAGACUCUGGACACAUCUACAACAUCCAUUACUUCUAGCUCCUCAGCUGCCUCCUCUUCUGCUGAAACUAAACCUGUUGAGGAAACUCAAGAAGAGAUUGGUGCCAGAUCAUUGAGAAAGUUUAACAACAAUACCAUUAGCUCAUAUUUGACCCUAAUUUUCAGAUUUUAUCAAUCUCUUCAAAGAGCUAUUUUCGAGCUUAUUGAACAUGAUGGUCAAGCAGAAUCUAUUUUGAAAGCCAAAGAGAUUGCUGGCCUUUUAGUUCAAAAUUUCUCAGUCUCUGUUACAGAAGCUCAAAAGGUUCUCAAUGAUGAAAACCUUUCCUGGACAGUCAAGGCUGCUCAUGUACAUUCUUUAAUGACAUUAAUUUAUAGUGUUGUUAUCAGUGAAACUUAUAGAAAUUUGAAUACUCUUGUACUUGACAAUAUGCUUAGUAAGGGUGUUAUUGAUUCUAUCAUGAAGCUUUAUGUUGAUCUUGUAAAUUUAAUCUUGUCACAAGAUGUCAAAAAACCAAGCAAACCAGAAUCAGCCGAUCCUAUCUAUCUUUUUGAAUAUGAAUCAAGUGAAUAUGGUAUUGCUUCUGCAUGUUUGGAAGAUUUUACAGCAUUCCUCCAAAAGAUUACAUCAGCCAACUACGCUGCUCAAUCACCAAUAACUGCCAAAUUGUUUGCUCUUGAUGGUUUCAAAGUUUCUGAGCUCACCACUAAAGUCCAAAAGAAGGUUGCUGGAGCUGUUGCCAAGGUAUGGAAUCAUGAGAAUAUUGAGAAGGGCAGUACUACAUUCUUGAUUUGUCUCAUCAAUGUUGUUGGUCAUAUUAUCAAGGGAUGUGAUACAAGCAAGAAGGAAACUUCACCUGUUAAAGAGGACGAAGAUAAGGUCAACCAAUUGAUGGAAAUGGGAUUUACUCAAAAAGAUGCUCGUGCCGCUCUCAGAGGUGCCAAUAAUGAUGUAAUGGUAGCUGCAGAGUGGAUUCUCAACAAUACCAUUCCAAAAGAGGUUGAAGAAGAGGAGGAGGAAGAAGAUGAAGACGAAUUAAGUAAAGCUAUUAGAAUGUCUAUGGUAGAAUCUGGAAUGAUGAACGAUGAAGAGGACAAGACAGAUUAUUCAGUCGUUCUUGAAGAAGAGAGUGAUAAAUGGCUCACCGCUAGACUUUUUACCAAGGGUUUAGCCUAUGCCUGUAUUGAUGUGCUCAGUAUAUUUGCUAAGAAGAAGGAUACAUUGAAGGAUUUCGUAGUGAAUGCUGCAAUUGAAAGACUUACAAAUGAACCAAAGAAUGCAUCUAAUGCUCAAACUAUUGAACAAAUUCUCUUGAAUAUUGUCUGUGAUAAGGAUAACACAAAAUCCAUCAUGAGAAACAUUUUGAAGAGAAGACAUCCAAAGACUGCAGGUAGUCGUCUUACAGUUCGCUUGUUCCUUGCUGAAAAUGCCUCUCUGAUUGAGAGAAAUCCAUCCAUUUUCUUUGGGCUUGUCAAGGAAAUGUUCCAAAUCAAUAGAAACAGAUUUAUUGAGACAAAGGAUGCUCCUACUGAAGAAGCUGCAACACAGUCAUCCUCUUCAAAUGGUGAGACUGCCAAGACUUUACUGUACAAACUUGUUUCAUACAUUAUUGAAAAACCAAAAGAAUCUAGAAUCUAUUUGGAAGUUUUAGGCACCUUUGUUAGUGCUUGUGAUUUGUAUGAAAGCCUCAUUGAAUAUACCAAUGAUAAUUUGGAUUCCAAUAUGAAGGGAGAUAAUAAGUUUAUUCACUUCCUUCUUACUUCUUUCAUGGAUCCACAAAGUACUGUUGGUGGUACUUCUCUGCUUAUUGAAAUUUGCUCAAAGAAACCACAUUUGGUAUUCAAUGAAAUUUCAAAUAUUUUGCAAAUAGAAAGUUCACAUAAGAUAAUAACCUUCAUCGGUUCAUUCCUCCUUCAAUUGGCUCUUUCAGUUUCUAACCCUAAUCAUUUGGCAAUUUUGAUGAUCAAGUAUGAUAUUCUCAGACUAUUAAUUGCUUCAUCUGAGAGAAUUGAUUCUCAAAAAGAAGCCGUCAUGCAUCUUAUCCUUAGUGUUGUACAAAAGUUUGUCGAAUCCACUCCAAAGAAUUAUAUCAUUACCAAAUCCAAAAAUUCAUCGGCUGCCACUUCUGAAUCCAACAAUACUGCUUCAACUACUGAAUCCAACAAUGAUGCUAGCUCAAGUGAACAAGCACCAAGUGACGAAGAACAAGUUAAUACUCUUGAGUUAACCAGAGAGAGACAAUUAGCCCUUUCUCGUAUUGUUUAA